CUGCCUGCUGCUACUCGUCUGGCAGGCGUGCAGGUGAUCGCACCUGAUCGCUCCUCAGCAUCCGCGCGCGCGGCCACCACAGGCCCCCGAUGUCGCUCGUUAACUUCAGCCUGCCCUUCGGGGCCGCCCCGCCGGCCUACGCGGCUGCCGCCUCCGAGCCCUUCUUCAACCUGCAGCCACCCCCGGCCGCGCGGCCCACCCCCGCCGAGAUCAACGCCCUGUACCAGCACGCGAACUUGCGACCCCCGCGCCGUUCUCAGCCGCAGCAGCAGGGCCCGUAUCUGCCCCCGAAACGCAGCCGGCAGCCACAGCCACAGCCGCAGCAGCCCCCUGCCCCCAAGUCGAGCGGCUCGUCUGCGGGGCGAAGGGCAAAACCGGCCCCGCCGCGCUCCCCGCCGCAGUUCACGCAGGUCAAGGCUAGCGGUGGCGGCAGCAGCAGCAGCAGCGGGGGUGGAAAGCCGACGCACACCAUCCACGCGGUCAUCGACUACGACGACUACGAUGAGGUGCUCACCUCCGACCUGCCAAACCACGGCAAUGGCGUCACCCCCAUCGAAGGGCCGAUUUCGCUCAAGAACGGCAGCGUCCCCGUCGUGCCACUCUACUCCUACCCUCUACUCAGAAACGGCUCCUUCGUUCAAAUCCCGAUUAUGUGGACGGCUCUGUCGUUAGCAUUGGGCCUCGAGAUCCGCGGCGAGAUUAUCCGAGGAGUGCCCUGCAUCAAAAGAUACCACCAGCUCUUCUGUCCCUCAGCAGGCAACAGCUAUCCAAUUGAUCGCAUCGAACGGUUCAUAGACGAAAACAAGGCGCUAAUGAAACGAAUGUACGGCGAGUUCUUGACGACGCCAGACUUCGGGCCACCAUCGCAAAGUGGUCCAGGGCAAGAGGUCUUCAAAUCCAAGGGGCGCACGAAAAGACAAUCGCAAGGGAACAGUGGUGCAGGAGGACUACCACCACCCUCUCCAGGCGAUUCGUACUUCGCCGCGCAGGCGCGGCAGUCGAGACAGUCAUCGGCCUCCUCAUCAGCCUCCUCGGGACCGAACGGACCUGGACCUUUCAGGACAAACCAGUCCAGCGAAAGUGGAAGGUUGGACUCCUGCGAGUCAAAGGUGGAGAUCGUGACUCCGUACUGGGCUUCCAACAGUGCCGGCAAAAUCAGAGCCAUAGUCAACACCCAGCAUUUUGAGCAGGCCAUUCACCAAGAAGUGUGCUCGAAAGUGCAAACGAAACGCUGCUCCGGCGAUUGCGGGUGUGAGCAGAAGUACAAAUGGCACCGUCUGCUGGCUUACGACCCCGACAACGACUGCAAGGGCAUCUUCAUGGACUGGUUCCUGUUUCCCUCGUGCUGCGUCUGCCGGUGUGCACCUCUCGACGGAAAAUAACGAUGAUUUGAAAUGGGAAAAUCAAAGAACAGAGAGCUGGACUGUUCUGAAUCAGAAACAAAGUGCGUAAAGAGACUGGCAAGAGAAAAAUAACUGUUUUUUGUGAAAAUAUGAUUUUGACUCGGAGAACAAGUGAAACAAACGAGUGUGCCUGAUUCGGGUCAUAAGGUGAAUGAGAUUUAACGCUUCGAUGCCGCCGAUUUGUACAUAUUUAUUUUAAAUAAGGGUAUAGUGUAAGAUAUAAACGAGCUUAAUUGUACCUUAGAAUAGCUGCGAGAAAUUUGUUACACACGAUAUGCGUUUUUGAAAGUGCCUGGAGACUUUUAGAAUGCACGAUUUCUCGGCGGGCCAACUCUUAGAUUUUUGCCGCAAACCUUGUUGGAUGAAUAUUGAUUGUAAAAAGGACAAAAAUGAAGAUGAAUACUUUGAAAAAACGUAUAAA